AUGGACAGCUCUAACCAUUCACUCGCGCGCCGAUUGUCGUUCGAAAGCACAACGACCAGCGAAUUCGAAAUAGUUCCUCGUGAGCGUUCCUCGUCUGGCAGUACCGUAGGAGGUAGCUACUGCAAAGAGUUAUCGGAGUCUUCUUCGCCGUCACCAGCAGCAGCUUCGUUCAACGUUCCCGAUUUGUUCAUAGCAAAUAGUUCCUCCGAUCACAGCCCACCGCAAUGCGAUGACACAGCUCCGAAACCAGCGUCUCCCAACGGAGAAGCCAGCAUCCGCCCAUUUACUAACACUGCAUCUCAGGCUUCUGGAUCUGACAUGAGCACAAUGGCUAGGGAAUCUGCGGGCAUGCUUGAGCAGGUCUUCCAUGAGCUUUUCACUAUCAAACAACGAAAUUCCAUGCUCGAAAGAAUGGCCCAACAAUCGCAUGAGUGGAGAACCGCGACAGAACAGUUAGAGAAGGAGACUAAAAUACUGCACAAAACUGUGAAGGCGUGCAAGAACCGUGUAGGAGCAGCCCACCAAAACUCAGUCGACUUCAUGGUUACACCGCACAAUUGUGCUUGGCAUCCUUGUAGCCGUGGUUGCAAUGUACCUGAAUUGCUACUCACAGCUGCUGAAAGAACAUCGCCGCUGCAAAGAUCUGGAAGUACAGUUGUCCAUAGUGAACGAGCUAGUAGAGAAGCUAGAAGUGGAGCAUGCUGCCGAGGUGAUCUCUUUAUUUCUCAAGACUAUUUCCCAAACCUUCCUAUUUUCGCCGUUCCCUUGUAA